AGCUCUCCAAUCCUUCAGUUUCUCAAUUGAUCAGUUAACAUCAAUAGUUGUUACAAUCAAGAUGAACAGAAUCAUGCUGUUGGUGGCCUUUGCGGCCGGCAUUGUGGCUGCUGGAAGGAUAACUACGAAUCCGGACCCGGACAGGGUUCAGGGUAUUGACCGCAUGUCAUUGGAGGAUCUGCAGCGCCAAAAAUUUAUCCUGGAUAUCGUCCAGAAUAUUCGACAGCCUCUGCAGCAGAGUGAGCUCAUCAAUCUGGAUGUGGGUCUGAUUGCUGACAGUCAGCGUUAUCGCGGCGGCAUUGAUGAGGUGAUGCAGGGCGUCAUCGAUCUGGAUCGCCAACGUCGCCUCCUCGACGAACACCAGGUGUACUCCGUGGGUCGUUUGGAGCAUGUGCAGCAGCUGCGCGGCAUAUACCGCCUGCUGGUUCGCGCCCAGGACUUUGAUACUCUUCGCCGGAAUGUGGUCUACCUGCGCCGCAACAUUAAUCCCGUUCUGCUGGUUAAUGCCUUGGCUCUGGCCAUUCGCGAUCGCGAUGACACUCAAACUCUGAUCGUGCCCGCUGUCCAGGAGCUGCUCCCCGAACUGUAUCUGGAUGAGGAAGUGAUUCAGCAGGUGCGCAGCGUUCUGAGGGAACAAACCCAGCGCCCCUCGCUCAUGGACAUCGUGGGUAUGCGCCAACGGGCCAUGAACCCAGUGAUGAGCAUCCUGAUGCCCUGGAGGGAGAUCCACAUGCAGAUGGCUCUGAGGAAACAGCAGAACCUCCAAAACGUUUUAGGCCAGAAACGCGUCGUUGUCCGUGCCGAGAACCAGGGACAGAUUGAGGGCACCUCUCUGCUGACGGACGAUAUUGAGUUGCAGAACUUUGUUCAAAAUCUCAUCCAGGAACUGGCCCUUCUGGAGGAUGUUACUCAGUUGGAGCAAAGCCAAUGGAUCAACAAUGAGCAACGUGAAGAGCAAUUGGUCGGUCGUCAGCGCCAAGAUAACAACCAGGAAAGGAAUCUGGGUCAGGAUGUAGACACUGGACGCCUGCUCCACGUGAGUCGCCGCCGCCUUUUGGAGCAACAGGAUGAAUAUCAGGGUCAGAACAUCUAUGGAAACCAGAAGGAUCGUUUCCAGCGUCUCCUCCGCCGUGAUGACGACAACGACGACAAUGAUGACGAUGAUGAAGAUAUUCGUAUGGGUCGUGUCCAGCUGCAGCGUGGUAUCAGCCAGGGAGGUCUUCGUACUGGAGGAGCUCGUAACCUGCCCACCGUGAGCGUGAAUAGUGACCGUCUGCUCCACGUGAGCCGCCGCCGUUUAAACGCCAUCCAACAGGAUCAGCAGCAGGAUCAGCUGAACGGUCGCCAGCGUUUCAUGGGCUUGGUCAGAGGAGACCGCCUCAGUGAGGGUCGUCGUGUUGGUCAGGUGGAUGAUGUGCGCCAGGAGCGUCAGAACAACUGGCAGAAGCAGGACCACAUCUUGACACAAGGUCGUACUUUCGGUAUCCAACAGGAGCGUCAAACCUAUGCCGAUCAGUUGGAGAGCGUGAGCCGCGACGAUGAGCGAUUGGUGCAUAUUAACCGACGCCGCCUCAACCAGGACAACCAGGACAUCUGGCAACAACAGAUGAAUUUUCCCCGCAGGAUUAACUCCAUUGGCGAGGGUCGCCGCGUCAUGGGAGAGCGCCCCAUCCAAGAUGAGGACAUUCUGAAGCUAAUCCGCGGCGAAAACCGUCUGAAGCUGAUGACCGAUGAUGAGAUUCUUGAGAUGCUCCAGCGGAACCGCCAGCAGCGUCUGCAAAAGCAUCAGAACGAUGAUGAUGACGAUGACAACGAUGACGAUGAGAAUGUGGUGCACCGACAGGGACUACGAAGCCGCCGCAGCCUUCCCAAUCUCCGUCAGCAAAACAACCGCCUCAGCGAAAUUGUCCUGCACAAUCUUCGCCAGCUGGUCGCACGCCUUAACCAGGAAAGCAUCGCCCAGGGACAGGUGAUCGAACAGCAACAGCAGUGGAUCAACAAUCCCCGCCUGACGCAAUCCGAGCGGUAUGCCCUCCGCUUGAACCAAAUCCGAAUCGAUUCCCAGCGCAGCCGCCAAGUCCUCGCCCAGAUCGGCCAGAUUGAGCAGCGUUUGCAGGAGGUUAUUGGUCAGGUGCUGAGCCAGGUGAAUGUCGACUCGCUGCGUGGCCAGAUGAUCGAUCAACGCCAAGUGGAAUCCCUGAUCGCCGAUGUACUGUUGGGUCGCCUUGGUCAGGUGGGCAUCAUGACCAUUAUUCGCCAGGUGGUCCAGGACAACAAUGGUGAGCAAAUCGAUCGUACUGGCUUGGGCAUCCGCCUCAGCGAUCCCGUCGUGCAGCACGCCCUGCGCCGGAUUGUGAGGAUCGUGGACGAACAGCGUGAACAAAUCCUUGGAGGCUACCGCCAGGAGCAACUGCAGAUGCGCGGUGUAUCGAUCAACGAUGUUCGUGUGGACAAACUGCGCACUCGCAUCGAGGAGCACGAAUUGGACCUUAGCAACUUGGUCGAGCAGCAGGUUCAGGGCAUCCAGCAGGAGAUUGUGGGACGCCAGCGUCGACUCAACAACAAGGCCUUCACCAUUGACAUGGACAUCACUUCAGAUCAGGAUCAGGAUGCUAUUAUUCGCGUCUUCCUGGGACCCGCAGAAAAUCAACACGGAAGGCAAGGAGCUUCCCUGGAUGAGCGUCGCCGUGACUUCGUCCUUCUGGAUGCCAUCCAAGUCCAGCUGGAGAAUGGACGCAACCGCAUUCAGCGCAGGUCUAUCGAUAUCCCGUGGACAACUCGCGACGUGACGCCCCUGGUGGAGAUCUACCGCCAAGUGAUGCUGCAAUUGAAGGGACAGCAGGAGCAACAGGUCGUGGGUAUCAAACAGCUGGUCGGCGAGAACGGACGCUUCCCCCAGCACUUGCUGCUACCCCGUGGAAGGCCCGAGGGUCUGCCCAUGCAGCUCCUGGUCGUGGUUUCUCCUCUGGUUGAGCUGCAGGUUCAGGACAUCGUUCCCGCUAUUACCAUUGGCAUUGGCUCCGCCUCUCUUCGUGAUGCCCGCCCAUUGGGCUAUCCUCUGGACCGUCCCAUCCAUAACGAGCAGGAGCUCCUGCAGUUGACCAAUGUCCUCCUUCAGGAUGUUGUCAUCAUUCAGGAGAACUAAGUUCCCAUUAGGAAAGUUCCAAAGAUGUAAAACCGAUCGUCCGGCCAGCUGCUAUUCAAUGGACCUAUCUGAAAAUCCCCUAUCGAACCCUAGUUUUAAUUAAUCGAAUCUUAAUCAAUCGAAUCAAAAUAGCAAAAUGUUAAAUACUCUUGUAAUUCAUAUAUAUAUAUCAUUAAAGUUUUUUGCAAGCAAUGCAAUCAAGCAUAAAA